UAAUAAUAAUAACUUCAUUAUUCAUUUUCCUUCAAAAAAGCCUUUCUUCGAUUCUAAUCUCAUCUGAUUAAAUUUCCAUGGGUUUUAAAAUUCCAAUAAUUUAGGGAUGUUAUCAAGUUUAUCUGCUUUACUCGAUUUCUAGGGUUUUUCUAGUUUCAUUUAUCUGAAGAAGUAUUUGGAAGGGCGGUGUGGUGUCAAAAUGGCGAUGAAUGAAAGAAAGACGAUUGAUUUAGAUCAAGGAUGGGAUUUUAUGCAAAAGGGUAUUUCCAAAUUGAAGAAUAUCCUUGAAGGGCAUCCUGAACCACAAUUUAAUUCUGAGGAUUACAUGAUGCUUUACACGACUAUUUACAAUAUGUGCACUCAAAAACCCCCUCAUGAUUACUCCCAACAGUUAUACGAGAAGUACAAAGAGUCUUUUGAAGAAUACAUUAAUUCUACUGUUCUGCCAUCAUUAAGAGAGAAGCACGAUGAGUUUAUGUUAAGGGAGCUCGUCAAGAGAUGGGCAAAUCAUAAAGUUAUGGUCAGGUGGCUUUCUAGGUUUUUCCAUUAUCUUGAUCGUUAUUUCAUAGCUCGGAGGUCUCUUCCUGCACUUAAUGAAGUUGGGCUCACUUGCUUCCGCGACUUGGUGUAUCGGGAGAUCAAUGGUAAAGUUAGAGAUGCUGUAAUAUCACUGAUUGAUCAAGAAAGAGAAGGAGAGCAGAUUGAUCGAGCAUUGCUGAAGAAUGUUUUAGAUAUCUUUGUCGAAAUCGGAAUGGGAAGCAUGGAUUCUUAUGAAAACGAUUUCGAGUCAGCAAUGCUAAAAGAUACCGCUGCUUAUUAUUCUCGAAAAGCUUCUAACUGGAUUCUAGAAGAUUCAUGUCCAGAUUACAUGUUAAAGGCUGAGGAGUGCUUAAGAAGGGAGAAGGACAGAGUUGCUCAUUACCUGCACUCAAGCAGUGAGCAGAAAUUAUUGGAGAAAGUGCAACAUGAGUUGUUGUCUGUAUAUGCAAGCCAGCUACUUGAAAAGGAACACUCCGGAUGUCAUGCUUUGCUAAGAGAUGAUAAGGUGGACGAUCUCACAAGGAUGUUUAGGCUAUUUUCUAGAAUCCCUCGUCUAGAACCAGUAUCUAAUAUAUUUAAACAGCAUGUUACUGCCGAAGGCACAGCCUUGGUCAAGCAAGCAGAAGAUGCAGCAAGCAGCAAGAAGGCUGAGAAAAGAGACGUAGUUGGUUUGCAAGAACAGGUUUUUGUUAGAAAAGUUAUCGAGCUGCAUGACAAAUACAUGACAUACGUGGGCAGCUGCUUUAGCGGUCACUCUCUUUUUCACAAGGCACUGAAAGAAGCUUUUGAGGUCUUCUGCAAUAAGGGUGUUGCUGGUAGCUCUAGUGCAGAGCUUCUAGCUACUUUCUGUGAUAACAUUCUUAAAAAGGGAGGAAGUGAGAAAUUGAGUGAUGAAGCCAUUGAAGAAACACUAGAGAAGGUAGUGAAGCUGCUUGCCUAUAUUAGUGAUAAAGAUCUUUUUGCAGAGUUCUAUAGGAAAAAACUUGCUCGUAGACUUCUAUUUGACAAGAGCGCAAAUGACGACCAUGAAAGGAGCAUUUUGACAAAACUGAAGCAGCAGUGCGGUGGACAGUUCACAUCGAAGAUGGAAGGGAUGGUCACUGAUUUGACAUUAGCUAGGGAGAACCAGACCAACUUUGAGGAGUACCUCAGUGGCAAUGCACAUGCAAAUCCUGGGAUUGACUUGACAGUAACUGUCCUAACUACUGGAUUCUGGCCGAGCUAUAAAUCUUUCGAUUUAAAUCUACCUGCAGAGAUGGUAAAGUGUGUUGAGGUCUUUAAGGAGUUCUAUCAAACAAAAACUAAACACAGAAAACUUACUUGGAUAUACUCACUCGGUACCUGUAACCUUAAUGGAAAAUUUGAUCCAAAAACUAUGGAGCUGAUUGUCACAACUUACCAGGCCUCCGCGUUGCUGCUAUUCAACUCAUCAGAUAAGUUAAGUUAUUCAGAAAUCAUGACUCAGUUGAACUUGACUGAUGAUGACAUCGUUAGACUGCUUCAUUCCCUCUCCUGUGCAAAAUAUAAGAUUCUUACCAAGGAACCAAGCACCAAAUCCAUCUCUUCAACUGAUGUCUUCGAGUUCAAUUCCAAUUUUACUGACAAAAUGAGGAGAAUCAAGAUUCCUCUUCCACCCGUGGAUGAGAAGAAGAAAGUGAUUGAGGAUGUCGAUAAAGAUAGACGGUACGCCAUUGAUGCCUCGAUUGUACGGAUCAUGAAGAGCCGAAAGGUUUUGGGACAUCAAAACUUGGUGAUGGAAUGUGUUGAGCAGUUAGGCCGCAUGUUUAAGCCCGAUUUCAAGGCAAUUAAGAAGCGAAUAGAAGAUCUUAUCACUCGGGAUUAUUUGGAGAGAGACAAGGACAAUCCAAACAUGUUCAGGUACCUUGCCUGAUUCAGUUGUCCAAUCAAGCAGGUAUUUUAUUAGAGGUAAAAAUCGUUGACCAGAACAUAGAGUUGCCGUUCUUGUACAUUUUAUUUUUCUCUGCCUCGUCUUUUUGAAUUGUAAUCUAUCUUAAGAUUUUUUUCCCCUCAGCAUUUAGUUUUGUCAUUUCAUAUUGAGAACCUAUAUUAACUUAAAAAAAACUGUUUUUACCUUUAAUGAAUCACUUUUCUACUUCCA